AAGUAUUCGCGGGAAAUGCGCACGCGCCUUACUUCGGCCACUUGGGAACCAGCGUCCAUAAGAGAGCUCGCGCAGGGAAAAGAGCAAGGGCGCGGAGGCGGGGGAGGGGCACGGCGAGGGUGCUGCUCUGCGCAUGCCUCCACCUUUCCUUUUCCCGGGCCUGCUCCAGCGGGCUUUCCUCGCUCUGGCGCCCUGGCUCCUCGGGCGGGGGCCUCGCUCCUGGUGUGGGGGGCUACCGUGCUUCUCCACUGCGCCGCAGCCAACCACUCGGGCAAAGAUACUAAUUGUUCAGAGAUUAUCUUGAUACAAGAAAUUGUGAAAGAUGGCUUUCACCGAGACUUGCUGAUAAGAGUGAAACUUGGUGGAGACAUUCAAAAUUCACAGACCUGCAAUGUUUUGAUUAAAUAUCACCUUCCAAAGGGAUUGUAUGUGGACCCAUAUGAAUUGGCUUCAUUACAAGAACACAAUGUGACAGAGGCAAUGAUAAUUCAAGAUACUGUUGAUUUAGAAGCCCCUGACUAUUUGUCUGAAGAAUUUGAUGUCUUUGUUUAUGCCAAGUCAGAUUCCCAGUGCUCAGAGUGCUUCAGAAUGAUUUUGCCCGUUCACUGCCGAUAUCACCAGACUGAGGAGAAAGAAGAAAGAGCUUUUGUGGUGGUGAAGAACCCAGAAUUACUUGUCAGUUGCUACAAUGAUUUUCCUUCUCUGAACUGCUGGAAACAGUCUGACCUAGAAGCUCCUUGUUCUAUGAGGAAUAAGCACAUCUGUCAAUGGAGCAAUGUGAAGUAUAAAUCAGUAAAUAAGGAUGUGAUACUACAGGUUCCAGUGGGGCAAAGAGUACAUUGGCUCUUCGUAUGUGUCAUAACGCUGCUUGUUACAGUCUUAUGCUCUGGUCUUAUCCUUAGAGCAGUCUUCAAACACGGUCAUUUCUCCCUGUGAGAAUGUAAUGUAAUGAUUUGUGGUAUUCUAGAAUUGUGGCAUUCCUUUUAAUUGACAGCAAUGUAUUUUAGUUUUGAUGAAACCAAUUUAAUAAAAAUGUAGAAUGGUGUUUUGUAAAUGAUUUCACCUAAUUUUUACUUAAUACAGAAAUUUAAUGCUGAAUUUUUGUUUGGCAAUUCCUCAUGUAUCAAGUGCCAAUAUAAACAAUUUAAUUCUGUUACAUGGAUAAAUAGAAUAGGGUCAAUUACAAGAUUGUAAGCUCUUUGAGGAUAAAGAAUCAUGUCUUAUUUAUAUUUGUAUCUUCCUUACAGCCUAAUGUAGCUCUUCGCUCUUAGUGUAAUAUAUGUUAAUUGAACUGGAAGAGAAAAAUUAGUUCUAUAUUCAGAGAAAUGAAUUUCUUACAUUUUUUGUCAUUAUUAACUAACAAAUCUUUUAAAAACCAGAGAAAGCAUUACAGAUGAGGGCACAAUAUUUCUAAUCAGACAUUUGAUUGAGGAUUAAUUUCUUUGAAAAACAAAAAACAUCUAGGGGUUUAGGGAGAAGCAAAAUUAACACAAGAUUAUUAUUACUAAUAGCAAAACUUACCAUACUCAAUAGCAUCCUAUCUCUAUCUUUUAUUAUACUGCUUCUGGUUUUAUAUAUAUCUAACAGUGGUGGGGAAAGGAAAAUAAUGAAGCUACUUAAUAAGCUUUAGUGUAAGAGAAUUGUGAGGGAACACAGCUCGAUUUGCCCCUUUAAGUUCUUUUUAUAAAAACAAUGCUUUCUAUGAAAUCUCAUGUAUCUCAUAAGAAGAUUAUUUACAGAUUGAUUUUUUUAAAUGGAACCCUGGUCACUGCUGUAUAUAGUUAAAAAAGUAGGAAGUAAGAAUAGCAGUAGGUGAACUUCAAAAUAACUCUGUGAAGUAAAUGUGCUGCUAACCAAUAAAUCAGGAUAUAUUAUUUUUAAAAAUAUAUUUUAUUUAUCAUGUUAAAUAUUUUCCAAUUACUUGUAAAAAUUGUUUUAACAUUAACAUUUAAAAAAAUUUUGAGUUCCAAAUUCUCUCCCUCCUAUUCCUCACCCACCCCUUGAGAAGGCAAGCAAUAUGGUAUCGAUUAUACAUGUAAAGUCAUGCAAAACAUAUUUCCAUAUUGGCUAUGUUGCAAAAGAAGACACAAAAAAUCCCCAAGAAAAAUAAGGUUAAAAAAAAAUAUGCAGCAAUUGGCAUUCAGAGUUCAUCAGUUCUCUCUCUCUGGGAGUGGCUAGCAUUUUUCGUCAUGAGUUGUUUGGAGUCAUGUUGGAAUUCAGAAUCAUUGUCUUGUUCAAAGUAGCCAAGUCUUUAACAGUCGAUCAUCAUUACCAUAUUGCUGUUACUAUGUACAGUGUUCUCCUGGUUGUACUCACUUCACUUUGUAUCAGUUCAUAUAAGUCUUCCCGGGUUUUUCAGUCAGGAUAUAUUAUAACUAUGUUUUUUUGUAGAGAAAAUGCAAUUUGAUAUAUGUGUGUAGUGUAUACAUGGAUAUGUAGGAUCAGGAGAAUUCCUGAUUUGCAAAUCUGUUCCUCAUAAUGAAACUAAUUAAUUAAACCACUAUUUGAUUACUGGCA